CACACUCCUUCCUUUAAUGCCAUGUCUGCCUCUUCCUCCUACGGCAGCCAGCCAGAAACCUGGCAAGAGCGCCUUAAAGGUACGAGAGCUUUCUCCGUCCCGCGCCGCCAGGUCUGAACAGCGAAUAGAUGCCUGCCGAGAGGCCAACAUCAUGCCGCCUGUGUUCCAACUCAUCUCCGAUCGGCGAGGAGGACGCACGGCUUGGUCUAGCCGGGUGACCGUCCACGGGCGCACGCUCUCGGCCCGGUUCUGGUACGACGGGAAGAACUUGAACAAUGCGAAGGAGGACGCCGCAGAAAUGGCUCUGAACUACCUCACAGGUCCCAAUCCUAGUCAGCCGAGUCAGAUUCAUCGCCCGUGACCCAAGGUCGAGGGGACACUGUUUUCGAAUAAUUACCGGUGCAACACUGGAGCCGGAACGAGGUAGAAAAAUGAAUUGUAACCACUC